UCUCAGCGGAUGAGUCAAUCUCUGCUUGACAUUUACGAAAAUAUAAACAAACGCCUUCGCUUUGGUGAGGACAAGGAGAGCGUCAAGAACAAGAAAAUGGCGUCCGACGAGCUGCCUGUUUGUGUUUGCGGGCUGGAAAGUGUAAAUGACCGGUUUAUGAUCGAAUGUGACAUUUGCAAGACGUGGUACCAUGGAGACUGUGUCACGGUUUUCGAAUACGAGGCACCAGACAUCGCAAAAUACCACUGCCCUCGGUGCGAACCCAUGUACGGGCCGUCCACCUACAAUGCUCCAGCCAACUAUCACAGACAUGAUUGCAAUGAUGCAAAUGCCGAAACGAAACCCGUUCAAACCGGGACUCCUGUGUUCAUCACCGAGCUCAAAACACGGCACUUUCCACCUGCUGAUGAGGUAGUUCAACGACUGCAAGGACCCCAAAUAACCACCCAGUACUUAUACCAGAAUGGGUUUGAUUACCCAAUUCUCAUUGAAGACAAAGAUGGUCUGGAAAUGAAGCUUCCACCUGAUGAUUUCUCUCUGCGGGACAUUGAGAAACUUCUAAGCAGUGAACGUGAACUAGAUGUGAUAGAUGUGAGUCGACAAAUUGACUUUCGUAUGAAGAUGCGGGACCUUGUGCAUUACUACAGGCAGCCAGUGAGAAGGCGAAUUCUCAAUGUGAUCAGUUUGGAAUUCUCAGAUACCGCUAUGAACAAUUUAGUGGAUGCACCACUUAUUGCUCGUCAAAUAGACUGGGUCAACUAUGUUUGGCCUGAUGAUGACAACGACUGUGAGAGGCCAAAGGUUCAAAAGUAUUGUUUAAUUGGUGCAAAGGAUAGUUACACUGAUUUCCACAUUGACUUUGGGGGCUCCUCUGUUUGGUAUCAUGUGAUGAGGGGAGAGAAGGUGUUUUAUCUAAUAAAACCAACUCAAGCAAAUCUCUCUCUCUACCAACGUUGGAUGACAUCAUCAACUCAACACGACAUGUUCUUUGGUGAUCAGGUUGAUGCCUGUUAUCGCUUGGUUCUUAGACGGGGCAAUACCCUCCUAAUUCCAACAGGAUGGAUUCAUGCAGUUCUCACACCCUGUGAUACUUUGGUUUUUGGAGGCAAUUUUCUUCAUAGUUUCAAUAUUCCUCUUCAAAUUGAGAUGUACGAGAUGCAGCGCAAGAUGGCACUGACGGACAAACCUCUUGUUUAUGAAACAGAACUGAAGAUGAACACCCCUCAAAAGUUCCGGUUUCCAGCAUUUGAAAGAACACAUUGGUAUGCUGGUGAAAGGCUUGUGCAGGAACUUCAGGAUUGCCGAAGUAGUAACAGUUCAAAGUAUAUGACAACCUUAUUAACGGGAGCAAAAGCUCUGGUGAGUGCUUUAAAGUUGUGGAAUAUCCGAAGAGUUGCUGAAGAAGUUCCCGCUACAGUGGACACUCACAAGCUUCUUAAAGAGCUUUCUAAAGAAAUUCGAAACACUGAACGCCACUUCAAUCAUCUGUGGCCUCCAAAACCAGAACGUGAAUCUAAGCGUCAGAAGAAAAAACCCAUAGACAAAGAUUUCGUGGAUUUCUCAUCUUUAAAAGAUGAACAAAUGAAGAUUAGCCCCAAAAGCCCCAAAAAAGAAGCACCAAAUGUGACUCCUAUAAAAGUACUCCUUUCCAAAGACAAAUUUGAUUCUGAACUGGCAGGAACCCUGGCAAGUGUUUCAGGUUCAUUAUGUAAGACAGAAUGCACUGACAAUCAAGAUAGCAACGAUUCCACUAAGCUACGAUUGAAGCUAACUCUUCCGAAGCCAAACAUCUAUCCAUAUUCAAAUGCUCCAUCACUAGAUAGCUCAAGUCCAUACAUACCCACAACAUCACCAGGGUCACCCCAUCAAAUGCCAUCAUCGCCAAAUGUUUUGAAUGUUAAGAAUCCACGUCAGAAAUCUACGUCUAAGCGAAAUAAGCAGACGGUUAAUAGUCCCAAAGUGGAAGUUAUAAAAAAUGAACAUCUUCAAAAAGAUCAAGUAACUUUACAAAAUUCCAGCACCCCAUCAGCUCAACUGAAAGGUGGUACAAUUUUGAGGUUUAAAUUUGGACCAAAAGGAUCGUCUGUAGUUAACAAACAGGUGCCUUUAAUUGAUAAUGAUAUUUAUGACUUCCACGAUAGUGAUGAAGAUAAUCGCCUUUUUAUUGAUGAAAAAGUUGGUAACAGGAAAAGUAAAAAUCUAUUUAAUGUGAAUAUAAAUGAUAUAAAUCCUGAGAUCUUUGGAGCAGAUAUGGAAGUUGCAGGUGAGGUAGAUGUUGUAUCUGAUACCCCUAAAAAUGGUAUUGAGGAAUUACUUAAGGCAUCUUGUUACACAGUUGAACCUCCAGAAGAUGUGUAUUCUGGAAGAGCAACUCAAUCAACCAGAGAAGCAAUAGCUGGUAUGCUAUCUCUUGGCAGUUCCGGGUUUUGCGAACAAGAUUCAGCUUCAGGCCGUUCUCAUCAACAAAGACCUAAGGUUCAUUUGCCAGUUCGCAGUAAGAUUCAGCAGUUGGCAGAGGAACUGGGUGAGCCUAUAGACAAAGUUCAUCAGGAUGAAGAUUACAUUUACCCUUCACUUGAUGCUUCUGAUGAUGAAGAUGGUGUCUUCAAGCCUAGGAGUAAACGACCCAUGGAUGAAGCAUGGAAUCCAAAAGCAAGAGUUGGACCCGUUGGACCCAAGGUGCAUCGACCUGCUAGAGAAGGUGCCAAAAAGCAAUCGGUUGAAAAGGGGCUGGAAGCUGCUGCAGCUAAAAGGGCUGGUUUGCCACCCCCAAAGAGACCCUACUUUAAAAAGACACCCAAAGCGCCUGUUGAAGCUGUACCGACCAAAGUAGAAGCUCCUAAGGUUUUGUCCUCCUCAACAGCAACUACAUCUACUACUCCUCAACAGGCAGCCCAGACAGUCCAGGCAGCCCAGGCAAGCCAAGUAGGCCUAGCAGGCCAGGCAGGUCAAACAGGCCAGGUAGGCCAGGCAAGCCAAGCUACUCCACCACCAACAUCGCCUGGGAAAUCUGCUCCUGCUGAUGCCUCUCAGAAGAAAGUUGUUAAAAUUAAAACUCACAGGAAGGGCAUGGCAACUGCCAAGCAAAGACUAGGUAAAAUUCUUAAAAUACACAAAAUGAUUUAUUGAUUAUAAUUGCACUACUGUAGUUCCUUCAUAAUUUAAGCUAUGUGAUCAUUUGUAUGAUUGUGUUUCUUUGUCCCCCUGCUACUUUGUGUUAGGUAAUUAUUAUUGUUUUUAUCAUGUGGAUAGCUAUGUCCAAAUUUUGGCAUGUAAAUGUCCAAAAUGUUUUUCAAAGUACAAAUUUUUAUUAUAAAUGUGUGGAUAUUUAUACGUCUUUACUUUCUGAUAACUUUCUGAACGUAAUCAUAACUUACAUGUUUAUCUUAUCUUAUUUGUGUAGGAUGCACAGAAGAAAAAAAACUAUGCACGCACAGUGGUUAUUAGUCUGUAGGGCUGCCUCCUGUAAUUAGUGUCUUGCUUUUGCGUCAUGCUGUGUGAAUGAUUAACUGUGAAUGUUUCCAAACCUUUGUUACUUCUAGUUUUGUUUCAUACUUCAUAAUUCGUUCUAAUGACCACUGAAAGCGUUCAUUUGCUUUUUUUUGUUUUGUUUUGCCACUCUCAUCCUUAACCUUAGAGAUCUGCAUCUCUAUAAACAAAUUAGCUGUGCAAUAUUUAAUUUAUAAAUCCUCUAACUGAAGGUUACUUAAUUUGUAAAUAGAAAGUGUAUUUGUUUGCUGCUCUUAUUUCAAAAUCUCUCAACAUAUUGUCAGACUGCUCUCAGUCUCUAAUUUGAAAGCACUUUUAACUAGUACUACCCAAUGUGUUAUUAUGACCAUCUCUUAGAGAAAUCUUGUGAAUGUACAUUUCUGUUUAUUUAAAAUUCUUAGAAAGCAAGGGGACUUACAAUUUUGUCAUAAAUGAAGUGUGGGAAAGAAGGGGGAAGGAAUUGUAAAAUUAUUUUUUUUGUAGGUGGUUGAAAAUUGCAAAAGUUUGAUGGAAUCUUUAUCAUUAAUGCCUUAUGUACUUUUUUUUUUAAAUGUUACUUCAUUAACCUUUUCCAAAAUGUUUAAAAUUUAUAAUAAUGUGUGUCCUUUUCCUAAAUUUCAUGCUCGUACAAUUGUUGUUACUGUUUUUUCUCCUUGUCACUUGUCUUUGUUAUUUUCCAGCAGACCUGCCGUUCGGGAGACAUUAAUGGGCUGGAUUUCAUCCUGUAAUUUGUACCUUAUUCAAUCCACUGACUUGUCUGUGAUCAUGGAAUAGAUUUAAGUAUCAUGUGUUUGAUUUAAGUAAUUGUCCAUAUGCUAUAUAAAGCAUCACCCAAUGAAUUUUCCCUGUCUGUAGAAUGUAAAACUAAUUUGUCUUGUAAAUCACCAUUCCUGGUGAAUCUUGUUUCAAUUUGCUCCUCAGCUAUCCUGAUAACUUAUACUUUAUCUUCUGUUGACUGCUUAAAAUGUUUCAGUUUCGUCCCUUGCUCUUUUCCUGGUUUAGUAUCAAUGCAAUUUUGUGUCACUGUGCCCUCAGCUGGAUCUGAUGUGCAGUCACACACCUGCCACAUUCUUAUUCCAAGUUUUGAGACUGUUGUUUGGUAUUGUCUUUUGAAGAUAAUCCAUUCCUAAUUGCACCCCAUUAUGGGCGAAAUUUUUGAGAAACCGCAUGUUUUUUUUAUUUCCUGUACAAUAGCUCAUUCUGCCGUAAGUUUUUUUUUUUUUUUUUUUUUUUCAUUUUUAAUUCAUUGAUGAGAGAGAACUUGCCAUGUUUCAUUUUUUAGUUACCUUUCAUCAGUAAUUAUUUUUAUUUUUGUAAACGUAAGUUUGUUACCUAUGGUUACUCCUUUUGAUCUGGAAGUUCAUUUAGUGUACUUUUCAGUAUUUUCAUCAAUUUGUGAAUGUUUAUACUAGGUUGUACUAAUAAGACUCUGUAGAUGAGUGAACAUCACAAGUGUUGGUAUUGUGCAUUAAGAGGUUGUGCUUCGCUAUGUGUGGAACUCUUGAUAACUACUUUCUAUAGAAACAUAUAAUUUCACACCUUAAUGAAAUUUCAAAAUAUUGAUGUCUGUGUGUAACCAUUUACUAGAGGCACUGAAGGCCAAUUUGACUUAAUAUCAAUUUUCUCCACUCUUGAACAGUCCUUAGCAGGGAAUUGGUUUUACCCAAGUUUUAGCACAAUUGUAAACGAAACUUAUGUUCUAAGUUGCCUAGCAUUUUUUUUAAAUCUGUCCACUAGCUUAUUUGAUGUGUUGCUGCUUGUAGUCAUGUAUGUUAUUUGUAAGUUGCUCUUGUAAGUAACAGUUGUCCAGUGUAUUUCCUGUGUUAUACAAAACUCAUUUGUAAACUGGGUCUGGUUCAGCUUUGUUCAAAACACAUCAGCAAUUAAAUCAAUGUGCAAGUGUCA